ACGCUGCAUCUGAGAGGCUGAGGCAGCGGCAGCAUCAUCUCUGAUGUGGCGAGACAGAGGAGGGAUGACAUAGCGACAGCAUCCGUUAACCAUAACCCUGCAUCUUCCAACUGAAGUCUGUUGCAUUUGAUUCCUUUAGACAACCUGAUCCCGCCGGGUUCGCAUGCUGGUUGCCAACAGGCACGAGCGAGCUAACCUCGCGGAGAUUUUCCAUCCAACUUGCUGCUGCUAGCUCGCCGCCCCUCCGUCUCCAAACCCUCCUAACAUUCAGCGACCACAUCAAAAAAACAUGCGGAGCAUCGAGGCCGAGACCCCAGGGAUAUCUUUAAACGCUUCCCGUAGGACACGACCUUCGGCUGGACGCUGACUGGACUCUGCGGAGCCGCUGUGGCUGCAGACGUCCGGACGAAGCAAGCCCGAUGAGAGGACAGAGAGCGACAGAUCUCAAGGACCAGAUUUUCUGCUGAACUUCUUGCCUCCUAAGACAGAUCGUCAGGGACCAUGCUGACCAUCUUGGCUGCUGGCUCUGUGUUCUUUCCAGGCCUUUUCCUUCUGUCCAAACAAUGCCUGAAGUCCAUUCCGGCUCUGAGAUGGAGCGAAGGGGAUGCGGUCAUUGUAUCAGCCAGGUUGGUAUCAUCCAUUCAGGCUGUUAUGGCUUCUUCAGCUGGUUACAUCAUUGCGUCUUCCUGUGAGGACAUUAUUGAGGACCAGCACUGGCUGACAAGCACCUACAUCAUGUUUGCUGUCCCCUACUUUGUGUACGACAUCUAUGCCAUGUUUAUGUGCUACUGGUACAAGCUGCGGGUCAAAGGACACGAAGAGGCGUCGGCAGCCCCCCAACACAUGAGAUCAGCAGUGAGGAGCUACUUGCGCCGCGAGUUCCUCAUGGUGCUGCACCAUGUUGUCAUGGUCACCGUCUGCUUCCCCGUGUCUGUGUUUUGGAGACAAGGAAAGGGAGACUAUUUCCAGGGCAUAAUGUUCAUGGCUGAGCUCAGCACUCCAUCCGUCUGCUUAGGGAAAAUCCUGAUCCAGUACAAACAGCAACACACUCUGCUGCACAAAGUGAAUGGGGCUCUUAUGCUGGUCACUUUUUUCAUCUUUCGGGUCCUCCUCUUCCCUUACCUCUACUACGUCUAUGGAAGGUAUGCAUCCAUCCCCUUCCUCAUGGUUCCCUUCACAGUACCUUGGCACUGUAACCUUGGCGCUGCCCUGCUAAUGGCACCCCAGCUCUACUGGUUCUCCCUCAUCUGCAGGGGCGCCCUGCGAUUAUUCACCGGCACCUCCCGCUCCCAGAGGCCGCGCCCGCCCACAGCCGAUACCAAGGAGCACCCGACGGACGGCAACGCUCUGCCGCAGCCCGCUAACGGCUACAGCACGCGCUCCACAGAGCCCGAGCUGACCACUCACUGAGAGGGGCCACGCUGGGGGGAGGGAAGGGGGGAGAAGAGGGAAGGAAGGCGAAUGUACCAAUGAGUAUGUAACGGGAACGAAGGCAAAGAGUAAGACUUACAAGUUGAGAUCAUGACCUCAAAUCACGCUGAAGUGUUUGGAGCCAGCAGACAAGUAAAGGGAUUCAUGGCGGAACCUUCAAGUACUUCAGCUUGGUUGUUUGUAGGAACCAAAUGGAGCUUUAGGGCACUCAGUAUUUAAGAUGUCAUCAGGCACUGUGACUGACAGGAACCUGCACUGACCAGAGAGGAACUUUAGCAAGCGUAGGUGGCCAAUUCCCCUCAUGUAGAUCAAACACAGUCCUCGCUGCCUCGUAUUACAGGAAGAGGAGGAAAAUAGGAAUGUAUUAUAUUGUAUGUUAGUAUGUUUGCUGUAGAUGAAAGGCCUGAUUCAGUUUAGUAAUGAAGAAGACCUUCAGAGAAAAGAAAAAAAAAGGUAAAAAAAAAAAAAUAACUCAGCUAAGCAGUAUUUUGACUUGUUAGUGUUUAUCUGUAUCCUCUAUGUAGACACUGUCACUCUAACAAAAUGUAACCGACCUGCAGACUGACUCAUCUUUAGGAGGGAGAUACUGUCAUUAUACUGUAUUCUGCUGCCUUACCCCCUUUCCCAACUCUUCUAGGUUACUUUGCAUUUUUUAGUUUAGAAUGUGAGAUGGAACAAAAGGCUUUCGUCAGAUGGCAAAAUGUGACGGUUGUACAUAGCAGAUGUAAAAUUGUCUUUUCCAUGUCAGUAUUGUUUGGUUUUAUUUUUUAUUUUGACUAAUUGGGGCUGCUGUGAUGGGAAAAUGGAAUAGGAGUUCUGCUCAGAAAAAAAAAAUACUAUGAAAUAGAAAAUAUGAGUCAUAAAAAGAUUAUUAUUAUGUAAAUUAUACUAGUUCAACAAUUCCGGAAAUGUUAGAAUAAUAAAAGUGGAGUUAGUUUAGCUGGAGUUGGGCCCCAAAUUUAAGUCCUUCUUUCGUGGUUUUUUAUCUUUAGCCUCAAUUUAUCACAAUCUGAGUAUUAAUCUUUAUUCCAUUUGACCCAUAACACACCCAUUGACAUGUUUGCAUCAGUUAUUAUACAGUUUUCUCUAUCAAUAACCAUCAAGCAGUUGGGUUUACAGCUUAAUCUACACAAACUUCCCUAGAAAGGUUUUAGCUGUGCUUCUUGUUUCAGUGUAGUUUUAAUGUCAUUCCGUUCACUGGUAUCACCUUCUCUAAAUACACACCCCCACCUUCUCUUUUGUUUAAAACGUCUGGUGCUGAUGUGGAUCUUAACUUAUCCGUUUGCUUUGCAGGACUAUUUCACAAAUGGAUUCACAAUGUUUCAGUUUUUAUUUUUGUCAGGAGGCUUUACAUGGUUUGUUUGAAGGGAAAUGAGCGGAGAGUUGCCUUACAGGAAGCACUCCCUCAUGACUGACUUGCUGCACAUUUUGUCCUUAUUUCUGUUUUAGCUGUUUUUUUUAAUUUAUUUUAAGUUUUAGAUUUAGCGGGGGGAAAAAGCCCCAAUCAGUGAGCCACUGGUUCCAUGAACCACCUAUGAACAAACUGGCUUGUUCUAAUAGAUGUUGCUUUAAUGCAACUGCAGUUUCCUGUGAUAUAGGUCUAAAUAAAUAAUAAUUAAAAAAGGAAAAUUGAAAAACCAAAUCAGAGACCAUAAGGACAGGAUAGCGUGUGCCCAAGCAUUUGGACACGUGUAGGCAUGUCGAACACUGAAUAUCCAUUCCCUCGUUCUGUGGAUCCAUGAGGUACUGCUUCUUGACAAUACUGGAACAUUUCAACUGCUGUACUGUAUAUUCCACAAAUGCUUGUUAUUUAUUUGUAAGUAAUUAUUUAUUUAUUUAUUUGGUUUGUGGAUUUGAAUGCAUAUUUAUGCAUACAUAUACUCUAUGCUUCUAAGCCUUAGGUGAAGGCUGUAUUGUUACUCAGACUAGCUAAAUAUACUUCGCUGUCCUGA